AUGAAUAAAUAAAUUUAAAAUCCUUUUAGUUUCUCAAUGAAAAAUACUGGAAAUCAAGAUUCUUUAUAGAACCCAUACACAUUAAAUAAUAUAAAUUAAAUCAAAUAAAUUCAAUGGGUUGGAAAAUAUGGGAAGAAUUAAAAAAAAAUAGGUAAAUGGAUGGCUUUGUGGAAUGGAGAAUAUUUGAUUGAUGAUUUUGGUGGGUACUAUUAAGAUGAGUUAAAGGAAGGUUUAUGGAAAGAGCCUAACAAGAACUAUUAAAUGUAAACAUUAAUUAAAAAUGAAAAUAGUAAAUCUCCAGUUUUUGAUAUUGGUGAAUACUCUAAUGAUCUAAGAAUAGGAAAUUGGAAAUAUUCUUACAGAAAUAAUACGCAGUACUUAUUUUAUAAAUUAUUUAGUAAUUGUGGAAAAUAUAAUAUUCUCGGAUAAAAAAUUGGUAGGUGGAUUGAAUUGCGUGAUGGAUUUAACAAUGGAAGUUAAGUGAUGUAUGAGGGUGAAUACAAUUUUCAUGGUGAUAAAGUAGGUUAAUGGAACAUUAUGUUUAAUGCAGCAUUUAAAUGCUAAGAAUAUAAAUUAAUGUAUUAAUUAAUUUGAUUAAUUUUUUUAGAGGUGGAGGAUUCUAUUUUGAAAAUAAUGGAAAUUCAAAGAAGAUUGGGAAAUGGGUUGAAGAAUGGGAAUAUUUUGAAUGGAGAAGAUAAGUCGUUUAUGAUGGUAAUUAUAAUAUGAAUGGAAAUAAAGUUGAUAGAUGGAAUAUAUUGUUCUAAGAUGAUUAUGGAAUAAAUAUAUAUAAAUAAAUGUAUAGGUUAUUUAUAUUUUAGUGGAGGUGGAUUGUAUGAAGAAUAAGAAGGAUAAAGUUCAAUAAAGGUAGGAAAAUGGAUAGAAUUGUCUGAUAAUUAUACUUCUGUAUCUUAAAUCACUUAUCAUGGUUUAUAUAACAAAAAUGGGGUUAAAAUUGGAAGAUGGGAUAUUUAUAAAAAAGAUUCGUUAUGGUAAUAUAAAUAAAUCUAAAAAUAUAGUGGUUGCAUUAAUUAUGAUUAAAAUGGAAUUUAAAUUUAUAAAAGUGAAAAGUAUACUGAUAUUUUUAUAUAUAAUAAGUGAUCCAUUAAUAUAUGUUGGAGAAUUUAAGGAUGGAAUAAAAUAUGGUAGAUGGGAUACAUUAUAGAAAGGAAAAUAUGAUUAAGAAUACAAAUUAAUGUAAAAUUUAUUAUUUAUCAUAGAGGAGGAGGAUCAUAUCAUUAUUAAAAUGCACAAUUAAAAAAAAUUGGUUUUUGGAUUGAAGAAUGGAAGAAUUUUGGAUGGAAAAGAGAAGUUAUGAUGAGUGGUGAAUAUAAUCUGAGAGGUUAUAAAGUUGGUUAAUGGGAUAUUAUUUUUAAAGAAGCAUACGGAAGGAAACAAUUUAAAUUAAUGUAAAUCUUGAUUGAACGUUAGUGGUGGUGGAUUUUAUAUGGAUUAAGAAGGAGGUUCAAUAAAAAUUGGAAAUUGGGUUGAGUUGUAGGAUAAAUUUUAUAAUUAUUCACGUUUUUCUUUGAAUGGAAAAUAUAAUCAUUAAGGAGUUAAAACAGGUAGAUGGUCUAUUUAUAAAAAUGUUUCAUUGUGGUAAUCUAAAAAAAUCUAAAAUAUAUAGUGGUUGCAUAAAUUAUGAUGAAAAUGGAAUUGAAAUUUAUAAAAGUGAAAAGUAUACUGAGAUCUUUAUAUAUAAUUAGGGAUCCAUUAAUAUAUGUUGGAUAAUUUAAGGAAGGAAAAAAAUAUGGUAGAUGGGAUAUAUUAUAUAAAGGUGAUUGGAUGAGAAAAUAUAAAUAAAUGUAAAAGCAUAAUUUAUUUUAGUGGAGGUGGAUCAUUCUAUUUAAAAAAUGGUGAUUCAUAAAAGAUUGGAAAGUGGUGUGAAGUGAGUGAGGAAUUUCAUGAUUUAUCUAGAAUAACUUAUCAGGGAGUGUAUAAUGACAAUGGGCAUAAAAAAGGUUAGUGGAAUAUAUAUUAAAAUUGGGAAAAAAAUAACAAAAUGUAAAUUUUUUACAAUAUUUUAGUGGUGGCGGAUUUUAUUUCGAAUACAACAGAGGUUCAAAGAAGAUUGGAAAGUGGACGGAAGAAUAGAAAAAUUUUGAAAGGAGGAGGCAAAUCAUGUAUAAUGGCAAUUAUAAUAUGAAUGGAAAUAAAGUAGGUAUCUGGAAUAUAUUGUUCUAAGAUGAUUAUGGAAUAAAUAUAUAUAAAUAAAUGUAUAGGUUAUUUAUAUUUUAGUGGAGGUGGAUUGUAUGAAGAAUAAGAAGGAUAAAGUUCAAUAAAGGUAGGAAAAUGGAUAGAAUUGUCUGAUAAUUAUACUUCUGUAUCUUAAAUCACUUAUCAUGGUUUAUAUAACAAAAAUGGGGUUAAAAUUGGAAGAUGGGAUAUUUAUAAAAAAGAUUCGUUAUGGUAAUAUAAAUAAAUCUAAAAAUAUAGUGGUUGCAUUAAUUAUGAUUAAAAUGGAAUUUAAAUUUAUAAAAGUGAAAAGUAUACUGAUAUUUUUAUAUAUAAUAAGUGAUCCAUUAAUAUAUGUUGGAGAAUUUAAGGAUGGAAUAAAAUAUGGUAGAUGGGAUACAUUAUAGAAAGGAAAAUAUGAUUAAGAAUACAAAUUAAUGUAAAAUUUAUUAUUUAUCAUAGAGGAGGAGGAUCAUAUCAUUAUUAAAAUGCACAAUUAAAAAAAAUUGGUUUUUGGAUUGAAGAAUGGAAGAAUUUUGGAUGGAAAAGAGAAGUUAUGAUGAGUGGUGAAUAUAAUCUGAGAGGUUAUAAAGUUGGUUAAUGGGAUAUUAUUUUUAAAGAAGCAUACGGAAGGAAACAAUUUAAAUUAAUGUAAAUCUUGAUUGAACGUUAGUGGUGGUGGAUUUUAUAUGGAUUAAGAAGGAGGUUCAAUAAAAAUUGGAAAUUGGGUUGAGUUGUAGGAUAAAUUUUAUAAUUAUUCACGUUUUUCUUUGAAUGGAAAAUAUAAUCAUUAAGGAGUUAAAACAGGUAGAUGGUCUAUUUAUAAAAAUGUUUCAUUGUGGUAAUCUAAAAAAAUCUAAAAUAUAUAGUGGUUGCAUAAAUUAUGAUGAAAAUGGAAUUGAAAUUUAUAAAAGUGAAAAGUAUACUGAGAUCUUUAUAUAUAAUUAGGGAUCCAUUAAUAUAUGUUGGAUAAUUUAAGGAAGGAAAAAAAUAUGGUAGAUGGGAUAUAUUAUAUAAAGGUGAUUGGAUGAGAAAAUAUAAAUAAAUGUAAAAGCAUAAUUUAUUUUAGUGGAGGUGGAUCAUUCUAUUUAAAAAAUGGUGAUUCAUAAAAGAUUGGAAAGUGGUGUGAAGUGAGUGAGGAAUUUCAUGAUUUAUCUAGAAUAACUUAUCAGGGAGUGUAUAAUGACAAUGGGCAUAAAAAAGGUUAGUGGAAUAUAUAUUAAAAUUGGGAAAAAAAUAACAAAAUGUAAAUUUUUUACAAUAUUUUAGUGGUGGCGGAUUUUAUUUCGAAUACAACAGAGGUUCAAAGAAGAUUGGAAAGUGGACGGAAGAAUAGAAAAAUUUUGAAAGGAGGAGGCAAAUCAUGUAUAAUGGCAAUUAUAAUAUGAAUGGAAAUAAAGUAGGUAUCUUGGAAUAUAUUGUUCUAAGAUGAUUAUGGAAUAAAUAUAUAUAAAUAAAUGUAUAGGUUAUUUAUAUUUUAGUGGA